CAGCGAGCAGUCCUCUAGACAGCCCACGAAAUGUGUCCACCAGCGCUUGCCUCAACUUCCCGUUUGCCCGGAGAAACAGUGGUAAGGUGAGGAAAGCUGACUCAGCCUGGAGCGUUCACACCUUCACCUCCUCUGCCAGGUCUGCUCACAGCAGACUCCUCCUCAGCACAAUAAGCGCAGUUAAAUACAGGGUAACCCUGAAGCACAGUCGCAUCGUUCAACCUGGUUCCCAUGGAAACACGCUUGUCUCACUCCUGGCAUGUGUAGACUACAAGUGUGGCAGCACUUUGAAGACAACCAGUUUAAACUCAAGUGUUUCAGGUGCUUCAUUCAAACAUGAUGAAAAAGAACAAGACAAGCGAUGCAUACUCCGUGACAAGUGCAGUGAGACCACAGUGGGUGGUGGAGUUUUAUUAAAGUAAAUUAUAUAAAGAUCAGAAAACCUUUAUUUGUCCCACAGUGGGGAGUUUUCCCCAAAGUCCAUGUUUCUCUUUCCCUGUUAUAAGAAGGUUUUACUGUUUUGGCCCUAUACUUUAUUUUAAAUAUGGUGGUAGAGCAAUGUAAGGCAUUCCCACAGUAUCUGCUAACCAUUGCUGUAGUAAUAAUAAUAAUAAUAAUAAUAGUAAUAGUAAUAGUAAUAAUGCACCCUGUUGCUCAAAGUUACACUGCAGAUAUGUUGAUAUUCAUUCAGUAACCUCAAUGAAAUGAAAAUUAAAAAAAAGUUAUUUUCCAGCCUUUAUUCAUCGGCUUGUUUUCCUUGUCAAUUUAACCUCAGUGAAAGCUUCUUUCUGACUCAGACUGUUACUGCAAUUAUCUUUUAUUUAGAAUUUGGCACUGUGGGAGCUUUUAACCAACCCAUGUGUUUUCUGUUGGUGUGUGAUUACUUCCUCAAAUUAAUGUCCUUUCGGAUUUUAAUGGAACGCUUUGCUACAAACUCUACAGUAACAGCUUUUUACUUACUUCAGCUUUAGUGGAGAUUUGUUUGUGUUAUGUAAACUGUCCUCAAAUUAAUUCAGUUUGCUAGUUGCUCCUUGCAUCUGGACAAAUGAAAACUGGCAAGGAAGGCAACAUUGUCAGUACCAAUCCCUCAGCUGAAUGCCAGAGGUCAUAGGCUCACUUGCGCAAGAUUCCCAGAACUCACUGAAGCUCUUUCUGUUCUUUUCUCAUUUUCUCUCUUGCUGUCGUGAUCUCAGUCACUUGGCCCGUGCAGACAGAGCUGAGGGCCGGAGAUGGUCCCUGGCAUCCCUCCCUUCAUCUGGCUAUGGAACCAAUCCUCCAAGCUCCACAGUUUCAUCAUCCUCCUCCUCACAGGAGCGUCUUCACCAGCUUCCUUACCAGCCGACACAAGAUGAGCUGCACUUCCUAUUCAAACAUUUCCGCAGCACAGACAGCAUCACUGAUGAGGACGGAAGGCCCUCCACGAUCAUUCGGCCUCGGUCUCGGAGCCUCAGCCCUGGGCGUUCAAGCGUCUCCUUCGAUAAUGAGAUAGUCAUGAUGAACCAUGUUUACAGAGAACGUUUUCCAAAGGCCACAGCCCAGAUGGAGGAGCGCUUGUUGGAAAUUGUCACCCACUGCUCUCCAGACAGCUCCCUCCCGCUGGCCGACGGUGUGCUGGGUUUCAUCCAACACCAGCUAGUGGAGCUGGUCAGAGACUGUCUGGACAAGUCCCAGAAAGGCCUUGUUACUUCCCGCUACUUUGCUGAGCUCCAGGAGAAGCUGGAGAAGCUGCUUCACGAGGCCUACGAGCGUUCUGAAAGCGAGGAGGUAACCGUCAUCAUCCAGCUGGUGAGGAAGAUCCUCAUCGUAAUCUCUCGACCAGCUCGUCUGCUUGAAUGUCUGGAGUUUGACCCGGAAGAGUUUUAUCAUUUACUGGAGGCAGCAGAGGGUCAUGCCAAAGUCGGCCAGGGAAUCAAGACCGACAUCCCACGAUACAUCAUCAGCCAGCUGGGUCUGACAAGAGACCCAUUAGAAGAAAUGGUGCAGCUUGAACAGUAUGAUGCUGGCCCUUCAGUGUCAGUGGAAACAGAUUCUAACGUGGAGAAUAAGGCACCACAGACUCUGACUCCAACCCGAAGAAAACCUCUUGAGAGUGAUUUUGAGACAAUCAAACUUAUCAGUAAUGGAGCUUAUGGGGCUGUAUAUCUUGUCCGCCACAAGGAGACCCGCCAGCGUUUUGCCAUGAAAAAGAUAAAUCGACAAAACCUGGUCCUGAGGAACCAGAUCCAGCAGGCAUUUGUGGAGCGUGACAUCCUGACUUUUGCUGAGAAUCCUUUCGUUGUGUCCAUGUUCUGUUCCUUUGAGACACGACGCCACCUGUGCAUGGUCAUGGAGUAUGUAGAAGGUGGAGAUUGUGCUAACUUGGUGAAGAACAUGGGCCCACUGCCGGUAGAAAUGACAAGGAUGUACUUUGCUGAAACAGUCCUGGCUCUGGAGUACCUUCAUAACUAUGGCAUUGUUCAUCGGGACCUAAAACCUGACAAUUUAUUAAUUACAUCAAUGGGGCACAUUAAGCUGACAGACUUUGGCUUGUCCAAAAUUGGCCUGAUGAACAUGACGACCAACCUGUACGAGGGCCAUAUUGAGAAGGACACCAGAGAGUUUGUUGACAAGCAGGUGUGUGGCACUCCAGAAUACAUCGCUCCGGAAGUGAUCCUCCGGCAGGGCUAUGGUAAGCCUGUGGAUUGGUGGUCAAUGGGAAUAAUCCUCUAUGAAUUUCUUGUGGGCUGUGUGCCGUUCUUUGGAGACACUCCUGAAGAGCUUUUUGGACAGGUUGUUAGUGAUGAAAUAGUUUGGCCAGAAGGAGAAGACACCUUACCUUCUGAUGCCCAGGACCUCAUCACCCGCCUGUUGAGGCAAAGCCCUUUAGACCGACUCGGAACUGGUGGAGCCACAGAGGUUAAAUACCAUCCAUUCUUCCUUGGUUUGGACUGGAAUGGACUUCUGCGACAGAAAGCUGAGUUCAUCCCUCAGCUGGAUGCAGAAGAUGACACCAGUUAUUUCGACACCCGAUCAGACCGCUAUCGUCAUUUGGCAUCUGAUGAGGACGAGGAAACAAACGAUGAAGAGUCUUCUUUGGAAAUCAGACAGUUUGCUUCUUGGUCACAUCGCUUCAGCAAGGUCUACAGCAGCACAGAACAUCUGGCGACGCCGUCCAACCUAAGCUUCUCCUCUGACCGCAGCCACAGUGAGGAAAAAGAUGACCGUGGGGACAUUGGAGGUCUUGGUUCCUCUCUGAGCCCAGCAGAUGGCAGUGCAGAGCAUAGACACACUGGACGCAUGGCCAGCCUUCGCCCGCGGGCUUCCUCCAGCUCCUCCCAGUCUGAGCGGAGUCCCAGCCCUCUGGUCAUGAGCAGCACUCACAGCCUGGAGACGAUGCCCCGCUUUGCCCUAUCAACUGAUGAUGAGGCAGAAGUGGUUGUUUCAAAUCUUCGAAGAAUUAGGAUUCGCAGCAACAGCACCGGGGCCAAGCACUCCUCCCCCAAGGAGCCGACAGGCCCUCGACGCUUUGGUAACCAACUGGAGACACCAGACAGACAGAGGCUUCCCUGUGGAGGAAAGGUUCCCAAGUCAGCUUCCGUCUCAGCUUUGUCUCUCAUCAUUACAACAGAUGACACGCCCAGCGGCCUCCAGCCCAGUCCCAUCUCUCCUCGCUCGCUGUCCUCCAACCCCUCGUCUCGAGAGUCCUCUCCCAACAGGGAUCUGUCUCUCAGCCCUGCCAACCUGGGGCCACCCAUUGUCAUUCACACCUCAGGAAAGAAGUAUGGCUUCACCGUGCAGGCCAUCCGCGUUUACAUGGGCGACAGUGACGUCUACACAGUGCAUCACAUGGUGUCGAGUGUGGAGGAGGGCAGCCCAGCUUACCAGGCCGGUCUCCGCACUGGCGACCUCAUCACCCACGUAAAUGGAGAGUCUGUCCAAGGCCUAGUUCACACAGAGAUGAUAGAACUGCUACUGAAGAGUGGCAGCAAGGUGGCGCUUCAGACCAUAGCCCUCGAAAACACAUCAAUUAAAGUUGGUCCAGCUCGAAAGACGAAACAUAAAGGCAAGAUGGCCCGUCGUAGCAAGAAGAGUAAGAGGAGAGAUAAUUAUGACAGACGCCGAAGCAUCUUGAAGAAGCUGUCUAAGCAGAGUACUGUGAUGCACAGCAGUCGCAGUUUCUCUUCAGGUCUCCAUCACUCUGUUUCCUCCAGCGAGAGUCUUCCUGGCUCCCCGACACACAGUCUCUCCCCUGGCCCUUCCACACCUUGCCGGAGCCCUGCACCAGACCAUCAGAUCAUUGAAAAUAACUCUCCUCAGAGCACAUCUCCUUGCUCCAGCUCUCCCAGUUCUCCUGCUGCACACAUCCGCCCCAGCUCACUCCACGGCUUGGGCUCCAAACUCAACACGCAGCGCUACAACAAGGUGGGCCGCAGAAAGUCCACUAGCAACAUACCACCCUCACCGCUGGCCUGUAACUCGUCCUCCACCCAGCCCCUGUCUCCACAGCGCUCACCGUCUCCGCUGCCGGGCUUCGCCAAAGCUCUUCACUCCUAUCAUGGCAAAACCCUGUCCCCACCCACCAUUGUUAGACACGGUGUCCGACCACGCAGUGCUGAGCCACCUCGUUCUCCUCUGCUGAAGAGGGUGCAGUCAGCUGAGAAGCUGUCAGGGGUGUAUCAUUCUGAUAAGAAGCAGUACGCCCCCCGGAGGCACACCCUGGAAGUGCCAUUUUAUGGUGAGAGUGAUCUGCUGGGUGACUCUGAGGCAGAAGUUGCUUGUGGAGGGUCCUACAUUGGGACUGAUCACACCAGACUGGGGGGAUACAUCAGUAGCCAGAGAAUGAGGGAUUCUGGGAGUGAGCGGUCAGAACAGCUGGUCGUGAUGAGAAAGCUCAAUCUAUCAGAGAGGCGGGACUCCUUUAAGAAGCAGGAGGCAGUGCAGGAGGUGAGCUUUGAUGAGCCAGAGGAGAAGACCGGUACCACAGUUACCGUCACCACUACAUCGCCAGGAACUGGAGCAAAAGCGACUCAACUGCAGCAGCAUAGAGCAGCCUGGGUGGUCACUCGACCUCAGACGAGCGAAGAGGUGGAGCUCGAGGUGCCAGUGGUGAGGAGGUUCACACUGGUGCCGCAGAUCGCUGUGCAGGGCUCAACGGAGAGUGAAGAGCAGGAUGAAUGGGAGCCGUGUUCAGACGGAGAGGAGUCCACAGAGACUCCUGAGCUCGAUGUCGAUGUCCCCGAUGCCCCAUCUCUGCAGCAACAGACAGGACAUUAUCUCACUAACACGUGCCGCAGUCAAAAAACAGAAACCAGUUCCAGUGGUCUUCAAACUGGACCAUCAGCAAAGAAGACUGACUGCAAAGAGGAAGCUCCACAAAAGCAGCAUCAGGGAAAUUGAUAGACUGUUCAUUUUAACAUCUUAAAGUCUUUUAGCUGUAACAUAAACCGGUGAACUGGAAGCUGUAAACUCAUUCACAAACCUUUCGCAGAGAGAAGUGAGUGAGAGGUAAAUUUACUUGAAUUUUGUAUUGUAAAUAUUUGCCUCAAGGCAUUGGAUUGUUUCUGGUUAUAUUUAUUAUAUUUGUAAACAAUGAUGAGUUGGCAAUAGGGAAAGAUGGAAGUUCUCAUUGGUUGGGCAGCUAAUGCUCAGCAGUUUUGUAAACAUGUGGUUUUAUGUCUUUUGAAAUAUUUUUUUUAUAAAUGUCUAUUUUUUAAAGAAAUGGUUGUGGUACAGAGUAGUUUGAUAAUGCUGGGCGAAACUGGACCAAAAGGUACGUUGUUUUAAAACCGUGGGCCGUGCUUGUUUUUCUCCUGUGUCUGAUUAAAUGUGAGCAGCAGAGUCAUACUUGAGCUUCAUAAAUCCAAGAAUGACGCUUGCUUCACACGAUGAGCAACACGAUGUGUAAUUUCCAAACAGAUGUCAGACAGACCCUGCAGUUGUUUCUGCCACGUAAAGUGUAAUACACAAACUCAUCGUACAUUAAUUAUGUCACAAAACAAAAACACGGCUGCAAUUCUUCCAUUUCUGACCUUAUCGGAAUAAUUUUUCAUGACACAGUGAUGAAUAAUGUUUUUCUAUGGAAAGAUUGUUGCUGCACGUCUCUUAAAACAUGGUGCAUGGUAAUCAAGGUAUCAAGAGCCACCAUGUGUGACUUUAAAGUACAAUCUGUUGUUAAAGGGUUACAUAGUCAACCCAGAAGCUGUAUUAUGGGCUGUAGUAAGUGCAGAGUCCUCCAAGCGUGCUUGUUGGGUCAGACCGUGCUUUCAGUGCAGUGUGGUCUGUUUUUACCUGCUGGUAGUCAUGAAGCUAUUUCAUGAAAGAUCUGUAUGAGGCUGUGGAUGUUGUAGGAUCUUUCACGGCGUAGUCUGUCUGUAACAGGGAUUCAACUCGGCUCUGCGUCCUGCUGUGAUGUCUCGUACUCAACGCAUGCAUGUUGCAGAAAAAAAAAUGUUGAGCAACCAAAUUGAGGUCUUCCUCAGAGCCAGGAGGGAACGACUCGACUGUCUUCUCUUUGGCUUACAAUGUUUAGGCAUUUUAAUCUUCUGUUUUGUUGCUUUCUUCACGGUGUGUCAGCUACACUAUGCCUAAAUGACCUGUUUCUACAUAAUUGACUGUGUAGUGGUGUUUACAUUGGGGAGGAAAGUGCACUAAUGUAUUUUGAUAUGACUUGUUUUAUAUCUAAAUGUUUAAGCUCCACUGAAAACGGCAGAGGGACACAUUUUCAGUAUGUUGUGUUCAGACCCAGGGCUUCUUUGAACAAAUGUUUGUCUUUGUAUAGUUCCUAUAUUUGAUGUGUAUUUUGAUAACAGUGUUGUAUUGAAGGACAUGUUAAUGUAUAAUGACAAUGACAAUUAAGGGCACCAGGAUUUGGAUGUGUCUUCAAAUGAAAGGAAUGAGCUCUUGUUUGUUCCUAAACGCCUCAUCAGGACUUCAGUGUUUUCCGUCCUGGGCCGAUCGAAUUUACUUUUCAGACACUUUUUGAGGUUGAUCGUCUUCUUUGUCAGUGGCUUUUGUACCAAAUAUCUCUGGAGUCUUCUGUUGCUCUAGCAUCCGGUUUGCUGAUGUGUAACUUCAGCUCCUCUUCCUUCUUUAAAAGCUCAAAUCUUGUGAUGGACGACCUGACGGGUCGUUGUGUGUAGCCUGCAGACGGACAGGUUCAGUUGUAUUUGCAGUCUGACAGAAUUGUUUACAGUGAACAAACAUUCUUUGUACUGUACAAGCAUUUUAUAUCAUGUGGCUGUUUAGGAUAAAACUACCAUCUUUGAUACCAUAGGAAAAGAAACUUCUCAUGACAGUGACAUAUCUGUUUUUGUUUUGAAGGAACGGUUCUUAAAGAGUAAUUUAACACCACGCUGAGAAACAGUUUGUGUUUUCACAUCUACUGCAGUUACGCAAUAGAAAGCUUUGAUUAACACAGCUGCAGCAAGUGUUACCUCACCUGGUUUGUAAAUAAUUUGUGUUCACAUUUGCUGUAGCAGUGCACAACUAAAGUAGACGUCACCGUGGACACCUGCAUUCUCAUAGACGUGAACCAUGAGGUUCAGACAAAGCUCCUACCUGGAUACUGUGCUGUUUUUAAUGGCUCUGUUCCUGUAAUAAGCUGCCUUCUCACAUGAUGUCAACACUCUGCUGAUCUCUGCCCAAAAACGCAGCGCAGUCUCAGAUGGCGAUGAACUUACUCUUUUAGAACCAGCUGGUCAUACUGUUGUACAUGUGCAUGUGGACUCCUCUGUUCAGUGCAUGCUGCAUGAGACAAGCACACAUCUGUAAUACUUGAUUGCAUGGUAUAUUGGCGUGGUCGCCCUGUACUGUGUUUUCUUGUGCAACAAAUAAAAUUUGUAUUUCUCUUUGACCCCCA